AGGUAAACACGACACACACUGCACGCGCUUUUGACGGAAAGAUCAUCUCGGGAAUAAUUUUUCUCAUCUGCUCGUCUCUAUUUGCUCAAGCUAUCGUUUGUGACUGGUAUUGAUCCGGUAAUGGAGAUCAAUUAUAGAUAAUGGCUUUUACAGGGGUACACUACACGUGCAUCAUGAGUGUAUUAUGCAACUAAGCUUUUGCACAUCUACACCAGCAAUUCAGUAAUAACAGACGGGCAUUUUUUGGGCUCAAAACAUGCACAAAACGAUGGAAAAAUAAAAAAGUGGACUAUGAUAACUCAUUUUCUCAUUCCAAUUAUCCAAACAACAGCUUGGGGAAUAACCUUGACAUAUUCUAAGCGAAAUAUUCUCUCAGGGGAACAAGCGGCCGCUUUCUCCAGCAAAACUGAUACGUGGGAGUUUUUGUGGAAAAGUCUCAGACAGCGUCAGUGUGUGACAUAAUGACUCAGCCUGUAGGCGGCCUCUCCACCACGUCAAAAGACCUCAGCAGUCCGUCUGAAGUGAAAGCAGACCGCCUGGCCCAUCCUCAAGUUUCACGACACGCUUGGACGUUGCACUCGUGCAAACACACUCAGAGAUGAGCUCUGCCUUUGGACUGAAAACACUGAAUUUCAUGCACUGGAUUUGAGAUACCUUGGAUUUUUUCUCCAUAUGAGGAAGAAAAUAUUGAAAGCACCUUGUCUCCUCUUGAGUCUCUUAACAAGUUUGAAUCUCUGCUCUGGAAAGUUUGGGACGCCCAUAACUGAUGAUGUGAACAAGCUGUCAGUAUUGAAGCAGAACAUCCCGUCUGAUUAUGAGAUUCCUGUCAGUUACAUUCCCAAAGAAGUGGCCGGCACAUGCUGGGUGGUGUUAAAUAUCUAUCCAUUGGAGCAAAGUCUUCGCAAGCUCGCCAAUAUGUUUGGUGCCAUCUCCUCCAACAAGGAAAACAUAAUCGUCUUCAUUGCAAUGAUCAAGAGUUUACGCUUCACCUUUGACCAUGAGGAACUGGAAACGGCGAUGCAAGUCUUCCAGUGCCACUAUCGGGAGGGGAGCUUGCUGUCUGGUCUUUACUUCGACUACAUCAAAGACGUCUUACACGCCGCCGCUCAGGAAACGUCCAGCUUCUCCUGCAAGCCGCCGCCGUGCCUUAAUCCUCACCAUACACCGGAGAGUCAGGAGGAGAAUCGUGGAUACAGCUGGUCGACGAGAACGCCCUUGCUUUUGGUCUUCAUCCCCUUCACAGCUUGUGUGGUUCUCAUAGUGUGGCUGGUCAAGUCUGGAAGGCGUUUACCGAUGUGCAGCGCCGAAAAUAUCCAAAUGGCGUCUUCUGACAUGAUCCCAACCGUGUCUGUCUCCAUCCCACUUCAAACGCUCGCCCACGCCGCUGACGCUCAGCCAGCGGGGGAGGAGGAGGCGGCGGCGGCCGUGGAGCAUGAGAGCGGAUGAUUAUUAAAGAGGGAAACGUUGGACAGCAGUGCACCAACUCACUCUCCAGGUUGGCCUGAUAUUGGCGGGAGCCCGCUGGGUGCGCGGGCGUGGUCCGACACUCGUCCGCUUUCACUCCGCCGAGUGCACGGGGCGGAACCACAGCAAACUGAACAAGAGAAAACUCACCUGCUGGUGCGGCAGGUGAGUUAUCCCUGAAUUCCACGAUGGCUGGAUUCUCCGGCAAAAAGGCCGGCGACGCACAUGAGAGCAUCCCGUCUUAUCUUAGCUGGUUUAUUCUGAGAAUCUACAUCUCCUGUCACUCUGAGCUGGUGUCGCCUGGGGUGCUUCAGUUUGAAAUUGCUGCAACUUAACAUUUAACUGGAGCCUCAAGAUGAUAUCACACUGUGUGGAGGACUGUUUUUUUUUUUUUUUUAAUUAUUAUUUUUUUUUAUUCUGGGUUAAGACUGCUGCCUGUCAGUUACAGAGAUUGUCCUUUCACUGUUGUAGAGACACGCACAACAGUCAAAACACUGAAAUGCAUUAGCAGUCCAUGCAAAGAAGCUUAUUGUCCGCGGUGAAACAACUGGGAAAAAAAAAAAAUGUAGCUGCAUUAAAUCUAACGCAGCUUGUCUUGUCGUUAUUAUGAUCUGUCAAAAACCUCACAAACCUGCUAGUCAUAAACAACACGCCGAGGAGUUCAACAAGCGUCCUACUUUGUGUAUCAAAGAUCUGACCAGAUGGCAGAUAGCCAUCGCCCGAGGCGCUUUCAAUCCAGUCAUUGUAUUUGGAAGCUGUUGCCCGGUGAUCUAUAGCCGCUGCUCGGGCCACAGCGAGUGCGUUACAGUUUUUUAAUGCCUCAUUCACUGAGUCAAUCACGUUCAGUCAUGAGAACAUGACUCCCCGAGAGUGUGUUGCGCUCUUGUGCUGUGCAUGUGUCAGAGGCGGCGAGCGCGGCGGAGGCAGGCGAGCGAGGACGAGGGAAAGUGGAGGAGAUAGGGUGACGGACGGAUAGAUAGAUGGAUGGACGGAUGAGCUCAGUGAGGAGCAUAAGGAGGGCUUGUUCUCGUCACAAAAGAAGUGGCCGUAGGCUGGAGGAAAUGCCAGAUACAAACACGGCCGAUGUCGACAGAUCCCUAUGAAUCAACGGGCUAAGAAUCUUUCCAGACCGCAGGCCACGAAGCCUCAUCUAUAGAGGCUGGUUAGUAUUCCGAUAACAAUUUUCUGUAUUCUGAUGAUUUACUUCCAAAACACACCACUGACAUAUGAAUAUUAAAAUAUUACCCUGUUAUGGGCAAGGUCUUAAAAUUCCAGUGUCUUCUUAUGGACUGAUUUUGUGUGACUUUUAUUUUUUUCGUGAAUUUUCAAUGUGAUAUAUUUAAGUUAUUUUGUUACACUUUUUUUGAAAUUUUGUUUUUAACAGCUGCAAAGUGAUGCAAAUGAAAAACAGCCCCAUUCCGGUCUUGAAUGUACAGGGGCGAGACGAAACAUCGUGAACACACAGGCUAGUGUCUGGAGACGUUAACCAACGGAUGUAUAUGCCCACCCCCUCAUAUAGAUCUGCAAUUGUGUCUUGGGUUUAAAUUCUGAUCAGUUUCGCUUUGACCCUGCAAAGUAUCGUGUAUUGUGAUGAUUUGUGAGACUUUUCAGCCUUAUGUUUGUGAUCAUUUUUGUUGUUUUGAUAAUUGAAAUAUGACCGUGCUGUUUGUCAAAUGUUUUUUUUUUAUUGCAUUAUUUCGUCAUUCACUGCAAAUGACCUGUGAACAAAGUUUUUUUUUUUUUUUUUACUGUUGUAUGAGGUGUGGCUAUUAAAUAACUUAGCUUAUGUAAGUUAAACUAGUAUCAGUCUCAUUAUUUAUAUGUGCUGUAUAUUCUAAGUAAAGAAUAAGUAUAAAUGUGUUGCCUUCUUCGCUUAAUUUUAGUUCAAAGUUUUGAAUUUCUCUUCACAGUGGGAAGCUUCAUAAAAAUGUUUUUAAAGUCAAAUAUCGCAUGAUCAUCAUCAGUGAUCGAGCAGAUUUUAACAUGUCUGAUAUUAACGCGGGUGAAUCAAGGAUGAUGAGCCUUUUGGGAGGGUUGGAUACUCCCAUACUGCAACUGUUUUUUUCUUUUGUUUGUUUUUUUACAGGACCUUUGACUAUUACAUGAUUUUUGUACGACCUGCACUCUAGGUUUUUACAGAAAUAAAAUUGGUAUUUGUGCAAGAUGA